AUGGCGCAUUAUCUGAUGAACCCCUCAACACCACAAGAAGAGAGAUAUAAUAGAAGCCACAUCCGUACCAGGAACACUCUGGAAAGAACCUUUUGUUGCCUAUUAAAAGGCAUGUUUGGUUUGAACGCGUGCGUACGCACGCAGAGCGCAUCUCCUAUCUAUGGACACUACCAGUAUCGGUGCUUCGCAAUACCGUCCCAUACAAAGUGCAAUAUGAAGUACAUUUUUUUCGCUUUACUGCCAUUGGUUUGCUGUGCCACUGCGGCGCCACAGGAAAAGUUAUUACCAACACAAACAAUGAAAGGUGUUGUUACAUCACAUCGAAUCGACCAAGAAAAGGAUGAUUUGAAAACCGUUGCAUCUUCAUAUAGCCAUCAGUACUCCGACUGGGGCGGCGAAUCGCCCGGUGGAUAUGGAUACAGUGUCACUGGAUUUGGGGUGAUUGACGACAAAUACGAUUCAAAUGAUGGUGGUUUUGGCAGAUAUGAUAACUCCUACAAUAAUAUUGGAUAUCCCGAAUAUCCUGAUAAUGCAGGAUAUCUCAGUAAGCCAAGCUACGGAGGCGAUCAAGGAUACGGAAGAUACAGCCCCAGUGGUUUAGAAGGAAAUGGUGGCUAUGGCGGGUACGGAGGAAAUGGAGGCUUAAGUUCCUAUUAUGGUUACAAUAACCCCUACUAUCAUGGAUCAAAUCAUUUGGGUUACGGGUAUUAUAACAAGCGUCCCGGUUAUGGUAAUAUUUACAAUGGCGGAAUAACUCCAAGUUUGGUAACAGGAUACAGAGGCUAUACAAGAUAA